CUUAAGUCAUCGGGAAAACAGUGCCUGAAGCUCACAACAAUUAAAUAAUAAUAGUCCAUUUUACGAGUUGAUUUUAUGAAUGAAAAUCUGACACCUCCUGUUCUAACAAGUGGGUAUCAAUAUCAUCAUUAACAAUGUUGUCGUUUCGUAAAAUGACUCAUUCUUCUCCCUUAUUGACAUUGUACAUGCAAAUUGAACACAACAGGUAUGUGAACAUCUAUCUGAUUCCAUCUGAAGGAGAUUUAGAUUGUGGAAGGAACAAACCAUGUGCAUACGUGUAAUGGAGUUCAGUUCUGUGCCUUUAGGGGAUGGAGAUAGUCAAGUGGCUCCGCAGCUUGAAGGAAAGAAGCACCCUUCUAGCAAAUGGGGAGUCGUGGGUUCGAUUCUCACAGGAGCAAAUUUUCAAAUUUCAAUUUGUUCAUCAAACACGUGUUUCUGUUGCUGCGUGCAUGGAAGUCGAAGCAUUUAACCGGUGUUAUUACUAGAAGUUAAAAAAAUAAUUGCUGAAUCUGUUUUGUCAGUGACAAAAAAUGUGUGACUGUGUCACAAUCUGUACAUGAUUGGUGACUCGCCUCUUUCCGAAUGUUUUGUAUUUCUCUUCUGUGACAAUUUCGUUCAUUGGUUUUGAGGAGAUAACCUUUGCUUUACCAACAAACUAUAAACUACUGCAAUGCAAGCAGAAAAUUACAAAUCAAAUGAUUAAAUGUUGUCUUAUCAUUAUCAGCCGAUUGAAACUGGAAUCAUGAUUUUAACACACGGUAGGUCAGACAGUGAACAACGAUGAUAGACAUAAGUGCAAUAUUUGUAAUCCUCAGUUUUGUGAUUGGUUGUACGCAUGCUUCCAAAUGUGUUCUGCCAGAACCAGGAGUGUGUGGUGUGCUUCCUUUGAAAAGUGAGGAAACCGACCUAGCGUACACAGCUUAUCCGUGGAUGGCAGUACUUAUCGCCCAACCGCAGCAGAAUGGACCUAUUGUUGCGAUCUGUGGAGGAUCCCUGAUUUCAGAUGAAUUGGUUUUGACAGCAGCUCAUUGCUUCAACAUAUUGCCCGAUUUCAGCAUGCUCAAGGUGCGUCUAGGUGGAUGGAAUAUUACGACCGAACGUUCCUGCAACGAUCGAUUCUGUGAUGGGAGAAUCAUAGACGUUGCAAUUGAAACAGCUUUCAUUCACGAAAACUUCUACCAAGACUUCAACUCUACCAACAUUCAUCACGAUGUUGCUUUGAUUAAGUUGGUUAAACGCGUCAACUUUACGGAUUUCAUAACACCAAUAUGUAUGGCUGAGAGUAACUCGUGCACGGUGCCUGAAGAUGCGAAGAAAUUUUACAGAGUUGUUGGGUGGAACAUUCUAGGAAAGGAUUAUGUAGCUAAUCUAACUGAUUUCGUAGGAGAUCGUCAACAGUAUUCUAUUAGUACGCGAAGCACCCACGGAACAGAUUGUGAUUACAUUUUUCAACCAACGAUAGAGAUUUGUACAAAACAGGUUGACAAUUCUGAAAAUCAGUAUGUUGACUUUGGUAGAUCAUUAAUUUCGAAGGAAAGUGACGGAUAUUGGUACCUGUACGGGCACGGAGUGUGGGAGUUUGGAAAUCCGAACGCGAUGCCUUACGAAUCGGACAUAUUUACUCGCAUUGCAUGUUAUCGGAGCUGGAUUGAAUCAAGAUGUUUCUUAAGAACGACUUUUCCGGAGUUCAAAAAAGGUGGACAGCAUGCAGGCAGUCACAGGCAACCUCCUCCCUACUUCCCCUAGCCAUAAUCAUCGUCACAUAGUCAGAUGCAUAAAAUGUCAUAAAAUGCACUGGAAUUACUCAUUCAGGAUUUUGAGGAUUUUUUUUGUGUAUUUGAAUAUCACACCUUUUUUAUUCACAAUAGUUAGACGAAUUCAUGCCAAAAUGUAUCACUCAUUAAACUGUUUUCUUCAUCGA